AUUCGGUUUGAGUACUUUGAGUAGCAAGUGUGUUCACAUUAGUUCCCAGCAGUACCAUGUACCAAGUGUGAACUGUACACUGUCUGGAUACCAGGCGGCGGAUCAGCGACGGUCCCUGACAACCGUGGGAAGACUGAGUUCAGUUCAAAAGCCAGCUGUCAAGAUGGCGACCAACAGAAGCAGUUCGGAACUUUUCCAGCGUAGAUUCUGGUUUUCCAUCCCUGCUUUUGUUCUUUUGGUGUGUGGGUGCAGCGCUUUUGUAAGGGAGCUGGAUGGCAGCUUUGCAGAUUUAAAGAAAGAUGGAAGUUGGCUAGUAGAGUUCUAUGCACCCUGGUGCGGUUACUGCAAGAAACUAGAGCCUAUAUGGGCAGAAGUAGGAAGAACUCUUCAUGGAUCCUCUAUUGUAGUUGCAAAAUUAGAUGCUACUAGGUUCUCAGGGAUAUCAAGAGAGUUUGGUGUUAGAGGAUUUCCUUCAAUUAAAUUUAUUAAAGGAAAGCGUGUAAUAACAUUUGAAGGGGAACGUACAGUUCAGGAUAUUAUCCAGUUUGCAGAGAAAGCCAACAGACCAGCAGUAACUGAGCUUCAGAAUGUUGCGCAAGUGGAAAGAGUUAGGAAAGAAAAAAGUGUGUGCUUUUUUCUGGUAACAAGUAAUGAGAAUCCACAACUAUCUGCGAGGCUCAAGGUAAAUAUUGAUUGGAAAUGUAAUAUGUAGGUAUAAAUCUAUUACUUUUAAUACUCUGACUGUGAUUAUCUGCCUACGAUUAUUCACAAACAGUAGCAUGCAAUAUUAUUAUAAGAGAGGGUUUCAGAAGUAUU